CAUCUUCUCAGUUUUCUCCCACCGCCUUAUCUUCCUUCUCUAAUAAUAUCUCUUUCUUUCUCUUGCUUUCUGGAUGGUUCCAUGUAUCUCUUUCUCCUUCUCGGUUUUCUCCCACCGCCUUAUCUUCCCCCACCGCUCCACCACAUAUCUCUCCUCUAUCUAUCUACUUCUAUCUACUUGGAUGAAAAUAUCCGGUAAUCGGCUUUCGAUACCCACUCAAUCGGUCCUACAAGAAGCAGCUUCCUGAUGAGUUGAGGAAGAGCAGUGUGGUCGGAUAUGGGUUUCUAUUUGUGCGGGGGUAAUCGGAUUAUUGAACGAAUUUCACGUUUAUCAAAGCUGAUCCUCUUACCCGAUCGCUGACUUGCUGACAUCCGGAGACACUUUGUUGUGCAUCUUCUAUUCCACACUUUCGUUGUUGUCUCCUUCAGAAGAAGAGGAUACCACGAUAAUAGAGACGACGUUGUGGUAUGAACCGCUCCCGCUAUUCAUUUGAAACAUCCGCUGCACCGCAAAACGUAUGAAUAUCGGGUGGAGACCGGAGUGAUUUGCCGGUGAUGGAGAUGGAGAUGGACCACAUCGAUGUUCCGGUUUAGGUAGAGGACGGUGGUGGUCGGAUUUUACUCCAGUGAAGCAGGAACCACCGAUUUUUAAUGGAAUGAUCUUGAAGAGGAGAUCGACAGGGAAUAGACCUCUGAUUCCAGUACAUAAACGAAACAUCGACAAAACUGGUUUGAGAAUCAAACGUUACGAUAUUGAGAAUUCAAGUGAUUCAAGUUCAAAACCAUUGAACCCUAACAAUGUUCCGCCGGCGGUGGCGACAGGGCUGGAAGGUCGCCGUGAGCGGAGCAUAAGCACAGGUCGGAGCUCUGGUGGUUACUAUGAACGUUUUCAUAAAUAUAGUCCAGUUGUUCCAAUUACGGUUCUUCAGUUGAAGCUUUCACUUAAUUUUGUGAUUCUAUCUACACAUUUGAACUGGUUCGAGCCUUCAUUUGUUAAUGGCGUCAAGAUCUCACAGUGGGAAUCUAGGGUUUCAGGAAACAUUAAGUUUGGGGUAUUAGAUGUGGUGAAUUGGAGGCAUAGUCGGAAAUUUUCAUUUGAUACAUGA